AUGCACCUACCCAAUCUACAAGAGCUAGACUUGGACAUCAUGGGCUCCUUCAAAGAAUGUGGGCUUUCAGAUAUUGUACCAGUAUUGAAGUUACGGGCCGUGACCACUCUGCGCCUCUCCGGUGUUGCAGCGAGAGAGACCGUGGCAAUGUCUUUAGACGACUGGAAGUUCGAGAACAAUACGGUCACUAGCCUGGACCUCUCUUUCUUCGAGCCCCAGGAUGGGGAGGAACUCAGCGAAAAAAUCCGGAUCUUCGCGGCGGUUUUCCGCAACUUGAAAUCUUUGAAGUUGCACGCCAACUACCAGUGGAAUACUCACAUUCCUAUUUUGACUGGCUUUACGUUCCGCUGCCUCGUUUACUCAUUCAAGCACGCCUUCGAGACAACUCUUCGCGAAUUUAGCUUUGGGUACAACGAUGAUUAUGGCCAUUCGGAAGAGUUUGAGGUCUUAGGCCACAGCCUCGGUGCAAGGGAAAUACUGAAAGCAUCGCGGCUAGAGAAUCUCAAGAUAGACACAAUCUGUUUGCAAAAGGCUAACCAAACAAACAAGCUAAGAAGUCUGUUACUUGAACCUUCGUGUCUACCUACGUCCUUACGUACACUAUACGUGCGUCAUAUCGUUGCCCCGGGAAACCUAAAUCCCGAGGAGAGGAAUCUCAUGCACUCAGACGAAGCUCAGUGUUUGUCACAGCUGGUGAAUCUUGCGUCGCGAAGCUCGCGUUUUCCUAAUCUGCAGAAACUCACACUAGCAAUAUUCCUACCUCCAUUUUUCGAAGAGGUUGCUUCCAGAGUUGUAAAGAUUCAAGCCCGGAAAGCUAAAAUGCAGUUGGAAUUAAUGUUCAUGUAA